GUAAAAGAUAAAAAACAAACAGAAAAUGCAGUCCGAUUCUAUGUGUCGAGGUAUUCUAAAAGUGGAUUUUAAAACAUUUCGUUAUGAAUGGUUUAAAUCCAUGAUCACGAAUAAUAAAAUUCACUUGUAAAGAAUUGCUAAUUCUUGCUACCAAUAUCGAAACUGAAAAUGGAGUCUCCAGAGGAGAAACAUAAGACACCAUUAUCAACAGUCUAUGACGUCCAGUUUGAAUCUGACCCCACCAUACUACCGACCGAAGAGUCUGAAUAUAUUCCCGACUUUCCACCCACUGAUAUAGAACUGCGAGUAGAAGGCAUAAGUAUUCACCUGAACAAAGCUGUGCUGAAAUCUCACUCCCCCGUGUUUCGUACAAUGUUGGAGUCGGAUUUCAAGGAGAAAGACGCCGACCACCUCGUGCUGGAGGGGAAGAAGUAUGAAGAUUUUAUAGAAUUUCUACAGGCCUUCUAUCCGAACAAAAGUCACAGUGUUACAGUGAGAAAUGCUCGUCAGAUCAUUCCGAUAGCAGAUGAAUAUCAAGUGACAGAUGUACUUAACAGAUGCGAGGAAUGUCUGGUCCAUUUCUGCGAUUCCAUUUUUGUAAAAAACUUAAAGAGUUUGAGUGUCAGUGUCAUUGUGGAAUAUAUUUUAACGGCGGAACAACACAAUCUGCAGCGCCUUCUCACAUCCACAACUCGCCUGUGUGCCAAGUAUGACUCUGCUUUACUUGAACAACAAGAUAGGAUUGAGAAUGUAUCUUAUAAAACACGGUACAACAUUGCCAGGGAAAGGAUUGCCUUGUUUGAGAAACAUACCCUGAAAGCGAUUCGUUAUAAUAGAAUUGGGGAGUAUUCUACUGUCUCGAAUUUUCCACAUAGAAUAUUUAAUCUCCAACCUGAAGAAGAGGAUUUUUAGCUUCAUUUCGCUGUGUGAUAUACCCUGAAGACGAUUUAUUCUCCAUUUAUGGGGGUGUCCGUAGUACUAGAAAUUGCUACUAUAUACAAUUUUCCGAACAAAAUGUUUAUUCUUCAACCUAUAUAGAAUUUGCCACAUAAUGAAAUAUCCUUAAGGGGAUGAUUAGGAUGAAUAUCUGUAGUAAGGUGUAAAACAAAAAAUAUGUUGAUGAAA